AUGGCAUCAGCGUUGGAAGGCUGUGUCGCCUCGCUGCGCGCCAGCAUGCAGAACCUCGACUCGACUAUAAACAUCCUCGACGACGGUGUGAGCGACAUGCCACGGCUGGCUAAGGUGCUACAAACAACAAGGCACUUCGAACUCAUCUCCGAAACCGAUCUCCAAACCGCGCAAGGCGCAUUGCUCUCAGAGAUUCGCCCUGAAGUCAGCAACCUAUUGAAACGCGUCGAAAACUAUUUGGACAAGCUCGAACGGCGCGAACAGUCUCUCAUUGCGAAAUGCGACCUGAAUGAUGGCCGACUUGGGCGUGACAGCACAGGAGGUUCAGGCUCAAGGCCGGCGAGUCGGGCAGCAGCAGGUCGAAGCAGUGCAAGAGCAGUGAAUGCGCAACAGGAAUUGAAAUACAAGCAGCUGAAGGCGAGGAAAGACAGGCUGAGUUAUGCAGUGGAGACCCUAGAGCUGCAUGCGAAGCAGAGGGAGAGGCAAUUGAGAAUGAGCAUGGCUGCGCCUCAGCAGUUCGACGACUACUAG